AUGGCCGAAGCUCCUGUGGAUGCCUCAACUCUGCCUGUAACUGUGAAGAAAAAAAAAAGUCUAUCCAUUGAAGAAAAGAUCGACAUCAUAAAUGCAGUAGAAAGCGGUAAGAAAAAAGCAGAGAUUGCAGCUGAAUAUGGAAUAAAGAAAAAUUCAUUGUCUUCUAUUAUGAAGAAUAAAGACAAGGUUCUGGAAGCCUUUGAAUCACUGAGAUUUGAUCCAAAGAGAAAAAGACUGAGAACUGCUUUUUACACAGACCUGGAAGAGGCGCUAAUGAGGUGGUACCGAAUCGCUCAGUGUCUGAAUGUGCCAGUUAAUGGCCCAAUGUUGCGGCUAAAAGCUAAUGACUUUGCCCAGAAACUGGGACAUAAUGAUUUUAAGUGCAGCAAUGGUUGGCUGGAUCGGUUUAAAUCCAGGUAUGGUCUAGUAUUUAGAGCUCAACCUGUAGAAGCCACAGGUGUAUCAGCAGACCCUUCAGCUGUCUGGCACCAAAACAUACUUCCUUAUUAUUUAAAUGAUUAUCAUCCUAAAAAUGUUUUUAAUGUAAAAGAGACUGGGCUGCUUUAUCGAAUGUUGCCUACAAAUACCUUUGCAUUUAAAGGAGAAACCUGUUCAAUCGGCAAGUUAUGCAAAGACAGAAUAACUCUGGUGGUUGGGACAAACAUGGACGGCUCAGAGAAACUUCCUCUGCUUCUCAUUGGAAAAAACAGAAAUCCUCAUUGCUUCAAAGGCAUAAAAUCAUUGCCUGUGUAUUAUGAAGCUAACAAAAUGGCAUGGAUGACUGCAGAUGUGUUUGAACAGUGGAUGCAGAAGCUGGAUGAGAGAUUUCAAGCUCAGCAAAGAAGAGUGGUGAUUUUUGUUGAAUCUUCUCCUGCACACCCAGAGGUAAAAAACCUGAAGUCCAUUGAAUUAGCGUUCUUUCCAUCAUGUUUAUCUUCCAAAUUUAUAGCUAUGAAACAAGGUGUUAUUAGAAGCCUUAAAAUCAAAUAUCGACAUUGUCUUAUUAAGAAAUUUCUGAGCUCUGUUGAAGGCAGCAAAGAAUUUACUUUUUCCCUUCUAGAUGCAGUUGACACAUUGCAUCUCUGUUGGAGGGCUGUCACCCCAGAGACCAUUGUGAAGAGCUAUGAAGAGGCAGGAUUCAAAUCUCAAAGGGGCGAAAGUGAGGAGGCAAACGCAGAGGCAGACACUGGCCUUGAUUUGGUUGCCGACGCCCAGGCGGCAGGAGUGGAAUUUCCCAAAGGCUUAUCUGUAGAAGAGUAUGCUGCCCUGGAUGAUGACUUAGAGACUUGUGAGGCUGCCUCCCAAGUCUCUCCAAGCGGUGAUGCUGUGUGCCGCAAAGAAAGGGAAUCCGAGGAAGCUGGGUUUUACACUUCUGACGAGGAGGAUGACGGUGGAUCUCUGGAGAGCGAACUCCCCUUACCAUCAAAAAAUGAGGCAAUAACUGCUUUAGAUACUCUGAAAACUUUUCUUAGAAGUCAAGAUAUAAAUGAUGAGCUUCAUAAUUCUUUAGCAGACCUUGAAAUUUUUAUUAACUCCUUAUCAUCUAAGUAA